AUAGGGCAGAGCAGAGCGCGGAGCUCCGAGAGGAAACCAGCCGCGCAGAGCCGGAGGAUGGCAAGCUGCCGCUGCUGCUGAGAGUUGGGUACGCGCUACCUGUCGCUAUAAGCUAUCAACACAGCUGCGUAUGAUAGCCACCAGCCCAUAAUUAUCCCGAGCCACACAAAACCCCACUGGGACUACAGAGAGCACAGUUCGGACGGGUCGCUGCGUGGAUUUUUUUUUUCUUCCUGUGUUCUUUCCUCUGAGGAUCACAGAUAAACAUGGGCAGCCUGGGUGUUUGGGUUGUGGUUGUUCUGCUGGGAGCGUCAGGAUGCUGGACUGCUGAAGGACACAGGAGCAGCGGACGAAGCAGCGUUGAUACAGCCGCCAAGUCACACACCCCCUACCAGAAGUCACACUCCAUGGAGAAGGAAAAGGCAGACGGGAGCAUCGAUCAAUCUCAUUCUGAUGCAGAUGAAGACCCAUGCCGCCGGACCUACUGCGGAAGAGGCCGACAGUGUGUACUGAUGGCAGAAACCAGGCGCGCGGAGUGCGUUUGCCAGGAAAAAUGUCGUCCCUCUUUUGUGCCCGUGUGCGGGUCGGAUGAUAGGUUUUAUGAGAACCACUGUGAGGUUUACCGCACCGCCUGCCUGGAGAGGAGACGGAUCUACGUGGUGCACAGCAAAGACUGCUUCUUCAAAGGCAGUGCAUGUACCAUGUCAGAGUACAACAAGCUGAAGAGCACACUGUUGGAUAUGCAACCAAAAGCACUGAGGAGCGGAGAGCAGAGCCUGCAGACCAACAUGGAGGAGAAGAGGGCGCUGGUGGACACUAUGUUUAAAUACCUGGAUGUAAACGAGGACGGCAGGCUGAUUAAUGAUGAAUUGGAAAAGAUCUCAAUGAAGGAGCAUCUGGAGAGCAGUCCUUUAGAGUGCACUAUGCAAGACCUGCUUCGUUAUGAUGACUACAACAAUGACGGACAUCUUAGCCUUCAGGAGUUUUACACAACUUUCCAAGUUGUCCAACUGAGCCUGGCGGAGGAUCAGCGAAUCAGCACCUCGACUGUAACAGUGGGCCUAAGUGCUGUCCUCACCUGUGCCAUCCAGGGGACGCUGCGUCCACCCAUCAUCUGGAAGAGGAAUGGCGUCAUCCUAAAUUUCCUGGAUCUGGAGGAUAUCAAUGACUUCGGGGAUGAUGGCUCCCUGUAUAUCACCAAGGUGACAACAAUACACAUGGGGAACUACAGCUGCCAUGCCUAUGGCUAUGAAGACCUCUAUCAGACUCAUGUGCUGCAGGUGAAUGUCCCUCCAGUGAUCCUGGUCUACCCGGAGACGCAGGCCCAGGAGCCCGGGGUGUCUGCCAGCCUCCACUGCCAUGCCGACGGCAUCCCAAAUCCCAAACUUGUUUGGCUGAAGAACGGCAUGGAUCUCCAGCUCAGCUCCUCCACACAACUCUCUCUCAUAGCAAAUGGUAGUGAGCUCUUUAUCGCGAGUGUGCGUUACGAAGACACCGGGGCCUACACAUGCAUCGCCAAGAACGAGGUGGGAGUGGACGAGGACAUUUCCUCUCUCUUUGUUGAAGAUUCAGCCAAGAAAACGCUUGCAAACAUCCUUUGGAGAGAAGAAGGGUUGAGUGUGGGAAACAUGUUUUACGUGUUUUCUGAUGAAGGCAUCACAGUCCUUCAGCCCAGUGAAUGUGAAAUACGCAGACACAUGAAGCGGACAGAGAGGAUUGUUGCCACCUACGAGGAGAUGUGCCCUAAAGGUGAGGGGGUGUCACCCCAGCGCUGUGUGUGGUCUUCAGCAGUCAAUGUCAGGGAUAAGUACAUCUACGUGACCCAACCCCUUCAGAGCCGACUGUUGGUGGUCGAUAUUCAGGCCCAAAAAGUGGUUCAGGCAGUUGUUACAGAUCCUUUUCCUGUGAAGAUCAUCUAUGAUAAGUCACAUGACCAGGUGUGGAUUCUUACAUGGGGGAACAUGGACAAAACACACCCAACACUCCAGGUAAUUCCUCAAGCCAGUGUGGGUGAAGUUCAUCAUGUCAUUCGAACCACUUUCCAAAGGGUGAACGAUUUCUUCAUCCCUCCAACUAACCUCAUCAUAACUCACGUGAGGUUUGCAUUUGUAUUCCUGAAAAAUGAGCCUGCGGUCCACAAGAUUGAUCUAGAGACCUUCCACCGUGUCAAGACCAUCAGCCUGAAAAACCACAGCUGCAUCCCAGCCAGCAUGGCCUAUACACACCUGAGUGGUUUCUAUUUCAUCCAGUGCCAGCGCAAGAGCCUUCUGCAUGUUCCAGCCCAGCUCCUCAUCGACAGCGUGACAGAUGCUGUUAUUGGUCCGAAUCAAAAUGUCACAGGCCAGGCUUACGUGUCACCAGACGGUCGCUACAUAGUGACACCAGAUCCAUGGAGCUCUAAGCUGACGGUACAGACAGUGUCCUUCAAGGGGGAGCUGAAUCUGAACCAAGAAAUAGAUGAGCCUAUUAAUGUGUCAGAUCUGGUUUUCCAGCCUUCUUUCACGGAAUCAAACCAACAUGUGGUGGUGGCGGCCUCCGGGUCGGGCUCAGACCUGCUGUUUGCUGAUCUUUUGUCAGGGCGUGCAGAGGUCCUCCGUACCCUCAAAGAGCCUCUUUCUCCCCAGGCCUGGCCUUGGGGGGGCCCCAACCGAGUGUUAGUCUCCAGUGGGUUGUUCGGACAGUACCUGGUGACACCAUCAGUUGAGUCCCUCUUUGUCCUGAAUGGCAAAACGAGAACGCCGCACUGCGAGGUGUCAGACAUCAAAAGGGCCAACACAGUUAUCUGGGUUGGAGAGGUAUGAGUAAAAAAGAAAAGUAAUAAAACGAAGACUUAGAAUUAGAAGUAAAUGAGAAAAGGAGAAAUCAGGCCAAAAUACCUAUCAUUAAGAUUUAUGUGAACAUAUGUUCUGGACCCAACAUUGGGACUGAGCAAGAGGGGAAACAUGCCUGAGUUUGCUGUUACAAAAGUACACUUAAAAAUAGAGAAAAUAUUAAGAAAAUCUGUUGUGAUAUUUCUAUUGGGAGAAAGUGUCAAUGCCGUUCAGUGCAACAGUGAUCUAUGUGCACUUAACUAUACAGAAUUGUACAUUAUUGCACUUCCUUCCAUGUUAUCACAGCAAAUAGGUACCUGAAGAGUUGAAAGUAACUAUGAACUAUGCACAAUGCUCACUUUUUUUUUAAGAAUAAAAAGCUUUCCAGUU